AUGGUCACAGCUGUCGCCAGGAAAGGCCUUCUGCUCAAAGCGGACCCCAUCACUGCUGCGUUUCGCGACGAGGUCAAGUCGUCUUUGGCAGCUUGUUCGCGUCCUCCGAAGCUCGUUGGGAUUUUGGCGACCACCGCCGCUCCGAGCAGCAAUUAUGCUGAGUUUACUAGAAAGCAAUGCGAUGAGCUAGGCGUCAACUUUGUAUUAAAAAAAGUUGGUGCGGCUGCAUCGCCCGAUCUUGGAGAAGGAGAGGGUGUGGAGGAAGCCAUCAUCGAGGCCAAUGAAGAUCCAUCUAUUCAUGGGAUCAUGGUUUAUUUCCCAAUCUUUGGCGCGCAACAGGAUCAUUAUUUGCAACAGGUUGUUUCUCCUCUCAAAGACGUCGAGGGAUUGCACUUCAAAUUUCAUUACAAUUUGUAUCACAACAUUCGAUUUAUUGAACCCAAGUCUCUCUUGGCCCCUCUCCCUUCUCUAACCCAGCUUCCAACUGUGACAGAAACUGAGGAACCUCCAGCCGGGACAGUAAAAUCCAUCAUCCCUUGCACACCAUUGGCCAUUGUCAAAUGUUUGGAAUUCGUCGGAGUGUAUAACAAAAUUCUCCCCUAUGGCGACAGGGCAUACGGAAAAACAAUCACCGUUAUUAAUCGAUCCGAAGUUGUAGGCAGACCCCUUGCUGCUCUCCUCGCAAACGAUGGAGCUCGGGUAAUAUCCGUAGAUAUCGAUUCUAUUCAGGAAUAUACCAAAAGACCCAAAUUAUCGCCUAACGAUUCAUCAGAAUCAGUGACAGCGCAAAGAUACCAUCCCCGACAUGUUGUGCAUCCAAGCACUUUGACUCUACAAGAAUGUCUGGCAAUUUCAGAUGUAGUCGUUUCCGCCGUUCCCAGCCCAACAUACAAGGUCAAAACAGAAUGGCUUAAAGAUGGCUGCAUCUGUCUGAACGUUGCGGCAGACAAGAAUUUUGAGAAGGAUGUCCGUGAUAAGGCCUCCAUCUACAUUCCAGCAGUGGGAAAAGUGACUAUUUUCAUGUUGCUCCGUAACUUGCUACGCCUGCAGCAGUACCAAGAACUGUAG